UGGGCAUGCAGAAUUGAAGGUUGAGUUAUCAACUGUGAUUCAAUAUAAAACUUGGGGAAUUAGGAGUAAGCACCAUGGAGUGAACAAGCAAGCUACUAUUCCAGUUGGUUCAGAUGGGAAGAUAUCUGAGCGAAGAUGAUAUAAUUAAAUGCGUUGAUAUCUAUAAACAACCAGCUUUCAGUCAUCCAUUUCUUAAAAAUCAUACCAUUCAGAUGAAACCCAGCUCAGGUGGACUAAGAGAAAGAAAGAACACUAAACUUUUACAAGAAUGGAAUAAGAAAGCCAGUUGUCCUGAAGGAACAAUUCCGAUUUUAAAAUCACAAAAAUUUUCUAAUGAACAUAAAGUUGCUUCAGUUCUUUCAAAAAGGAUGCAACCUCAUGUUUUUGAUGUCAAUAGUGGCGCCCUAGAGUAUUGCCAAUUUAUUAUAAAUUCUGGCACAUACUUUGGAGCAUCUGGAGGAUUUAAUAUAUGGCAUCCAACAAUUUAUGGUGAAGAAUUUAGUUCAUCUCAAAUGUGGGUUCAAGCAGGAUCUGGCCAUGAUUUGAACAGUCUUGAAGCAGGGUGGCGAGUUCUAUCCGGUGAAACAAAAACGAGCUUCUUUAUUUAUUGGACGACAGACAUUGAUGAAAAAACAGGCUGUUACAAUCUAGAGUGCCCUGGUUUUGUACAAACUAAUAACAAGAUUGCUUUAGGCUAUGAUAUUUUACCCAUCUCAAUUUAUGGAGGCAAACAAUAUGACAUAGAAAUAACUAUUUUCAAGGACAUGAAAAAUGGAAAUUGGUGGCUUGAAAUGAAUGGUGAAGCAGUAGGAUACUGGCAUCCUGCCAUCUUAACAAGUCUAUCUAAACAGGCGGACACUAUAAGUUGGGGUGGAAAAAUCUACAAUUCACAAACAAAUGGUCGUCAUACAUCUACUCAAAUGGGAAGUGGACAUCCUUCUAAUGAAGGAAAUGGUAAAGCUAGUAUGAUCUAUAAUGUGAGAUAUGUGGAUGAAUUGGGUGGAUUUAUUGUCCCUGAAGAUAUUAAAUUUUUAGAGUCAAAUCCUGAUUGUUAUAAUAUUACGUUCGGAGACACACCGCUAAAUGAUCGUGGAAUGUACUUUUAUUUUGGGGGUCCUGGAUUUUCUAAAGAUUGCCCAUAGAACAUAUGUGUGUGUUUGGGAGGGGAGGAUAUAGUUAAUAUGAAUAAUAUUGAGGUGCACCUCAUUGUAAAUUUUGCACAACUCUAUCCUAAUUUGAUAUUAUUCA